AAUAAUUAGCAACUUAGGAAGUUGUCUAAAGCCACACUUGAGCUUCAAUUGGUUAUUUUAUAUAAAAUUUCUAUUUUUUUUUCCAAUCAUACAUGAGAGAAAAUGUCCUCCCAUUCUUCCAAGCGAAGGAAAAUCAGUCCCGAAAACGAUGAUACCUCUGAAAACCCGACAAGGCCCAUGUCAAUGACACGAUCUGCGAAUGAGGCUGGCAAUGGCCUACCUGGGAAACAGCAGUCCAUGAAAUCCAAAAAUGGAUCUCGAAGCAGCAGUAACGGGGUCUCUGCAGAAGUUGCAUUUACUGGCGGGCUCUACAAAUCCAGCUUCUUCAAGCUCCAGAUGGACGAAUUAUUGACGGACUUGCGACCAAAUUAUGAAAAGCAAGGAUCCAGAGCUCAUGAGAUACUCCAUAAAUUGAAAGAAAUCAUUGAAAAUCUCGCCGAGAAGCCUCCACAGUCUAUUGUUGAAGCGGAAAAAGAGCUCCAGAGCGCACAUGGAGUUGCUGUACCAUUCCCCAACCCUCGACCUAGCAAAGAUGCAAAGUAUCUCCUCGCAUAUUCCAAGCCAGCCAAUGUCAAUGUCGUGGGAAGUUUUGCUCUUCGCACUGGUGUCAGAGAUGCCGAUUGCUCGACGAUUGAUCUCGCCGUCACGAUGCCGGACUCGCUUUUUCAGGAAAAGGACUAUGUCAACUAUCGAUACUUCUAUAAAAGAGCAUACUACGUCGCUUGCAUCGCAGCCGGUAUUCGAGAAGCGAAAGAUCUGGACCACCAAGUCAAGUUUGAGCAGCAAGAUGGAGACAGUCUUCGCCCGGUCAUCGUUCUUGAACCUACUAAGGAUCAUGGCAGUAGCAUGCGAGUUCGGAUUAUUACAGCUAUCGACAACACGGUGUUCCCGAUCUCGCGAACCUUGCCUAUGAAGAACAAUAUUAGACAAGGCGCACUUGUGGCAGAUGCUGGAGAAGACUCCAGUACGGCAACUAUGUUCUACAACGCUGCUCUCCGAUCCGAUGCUUCCGUGGCUCAGUACCAUAAAGUCUUAUACUUGGCCACUACAAAAUGUACAUCAUUCCGCGAUGCAUGUAUUCUCGGCCGCACUUGGCUCCGUCAACGUGGGUUUGGUUCUUCAUUCCACCAGGGCGGCUUUGGAGGUUUUGAAUGGGCAAUAAUGAUGGCUUUACUUUUCGAAGGCGGUGGUCCAAAUGGAAAACCCGUUCUUUUGCCAUCGUACAGCAGCUAUCAGCUUUUCAAAGCGAUGGUCCAGUUUAUCACGGCAAAGGACUUCACAAAGCCCUUGACUUUCUUCAAUUCUGAAGCUGUACUGCCUCAUGGCCAGCCAAUUCUCUAUGAUGGUAAGAGAGGGUUGAACCUUUUAUAUAAAAUGACUCUUUCCUCCUACACUGUUCUCCGCCAUGAGGCUGGUGUGACUUUAAGGAUGCUCAAUGAGUCCCGCGACGAUAACUUUGAGAGAGUCUUCAUCCUCAAAGUUGAUGAACCUCUGCUUCGGUUCGACCGAGUUAUCUCCAUCAGGUUGCCCCUCAAUGGCGAUACGUUGCAAUCAGUCCAUCACCAAACUUCUGUCCACAAAGUUCUCUUAAGAGCUCUGGGAGACAGAGUUAAAUUGGUCUCCAUCUCUGGCCAGUGUAUUCAACCUUGGUCAGUUGGGAAACGCUACGUGGUGAACAAAGAGUCAAACGUAAUAAACGUGGGGCUCAUUGUACAUUCCGAAAACUCCAUGCGCGUUGUCGACCAUGGCCCGUUAGCUGAAGAGAAGGAGGAAACGGCCUCUUUCCGUUCCUUCUGGGGAGACAAGUCCGAAUUGAGACGGUUUAAAGAUGGAAGUAUCCUGGAAAGUUUGGUGUGGUCUGAUGGUCCUUCAGCACCUUCUAUCAUCUAUCAGAUUGUGACUUACGUGCUCCAUCGCCAUUUCAAUCUUGCGGAAGAAGACAUGGUCUUCGUUGGCGAUGAAUAUGAUGAAAAACUUCGACUUGUGGGUGACGGCACCUUUUCAUAUUCUGACCCAUCCUUCCAGCAGAUUAGCAACGCUUUCCACUCGUUGGAAAGAUCGUUCCACAAUAUGGAAGAUAUUCCCUUGACUAUCAAACAACUGCUGCCAGCCAGUCCUCUCCUUCGUUACGCAGCGCUGCAAACCUCCAGUUCAUCUGGCUCUCGCCGGGAUCCUAUGGAUAUUGUGCUUCAGUUCGAAAGCUCUGGGCGAUGGCCCGACGACCUUUCGGCAAUUCAGAUGACAAAAGUUGCUUUCCUUGUCAAGAUAGGAGAGUUUAUGGAAACAUCUGGUGCUGCUGUUUCAACCCAGGUUGGCGUGGAAAAUGAUGGCACUACGAUUCUGAACACCGCGUUCCUCGAUAUCUUGCAUACAUCAGGGUUAGCCUUCCGUCUUCGUAUCCACCAUGACCGUGAGCAGACCUUGUUGGAGCGCGAAUUGAAGGGCAAGUCCAAUAGCUCUCGCUCAAAAGGAGACCUGGCAUACGCUCUCUCCACAUACAAGCGGAUCUUUGUUCAGGCUCCUCGCCUGACGCAAGCGAUUCGCAAUCUGUGCACUCGCUUUCCGCUCCUGUCUCCUACGAUGCGCUUGGUGAAACAUUGGUUUAAUUGCCACCUCCUGACCGCCCACUUCUCAGAAGAAGUCAUCGAAUUAUUGACUGUACGCACGUUCACCCAACCGUACCCAUGGGAGGCUCCUUCCAGUGUGAUGGCUGGAUUCUUCAGGACUCUUCAUUUCAUUUCAAGAUGGGACUGGCAAGAGGAACCAGCUAUCGUUAAUCUGGGCGGUGGACUCGACCAAAGCACGGUCGAUGUGAUAAAGAAUAAGUUCUCUGCAUGGCGUUGCGUGGAUCCGGCCAUGAACACCGUCGCUCUGUUCGCAGCUUCGGAUCUCGACAUCGACGGCGUCACCUGGACACAGUAUGGCAUGCCUCCCAAGGUUGUUGCGGCUCGACUCUCUUCGCUGGCGAAGGCGGCCAUGAAACUUUUGAAAGCAGAACGCUCCGGUCUUGACUUGGAAGAGCUCUUCGAUACCUCCAUGGCGCCAUAUGACUUCGUAAUCAGACUGAAUCCGACCGUCUUGCGCAGUCGAUCGUCUUCAUCGACGAAAUUCAAGAAUCUCACUGGUCUCUCAAAGGAAAGCUAUCGCCCCUCGACAAUCAUCGUUUCAUUUGUACAGGAACUACAGAGUUGUUUCGGUAAUAGUGUCCUGCUUUUCCAGGGGGACGAGCAGAGCACUCAUAUCGCAGGACUCUGGAACCCGCAGAUGGCGAAUCCCAAGCCCUGGAGUUUGAAAGUAUCCUACUCGACAAUCCCGAGAUCGUACAUUGAUCCAACGAAUCAAGAUAAGGAUACCGUCUCAAUCAACCGAGGCGCUAUUCUAAACGAAAUCGCACGGCUAGGAGAGAACCUUAUUCAGAGUAUUGAUGUUCGGUCUCAAGAUUCGGAGGACAAGUAAAUCAGCACUCCGUACAGGGAAAAAAAAGGAAUACAUAUUCAAAAUAGAAAACAAAAUCAGGCGCCAUGAUUGUUUGCAAUCCACAUUAAUUCAGAAAAAAACUCCAUUUCACGAUUUAGGACCUUGUCGUUGCUUUGUUCGAUUUGCCUAUAGGCUGCUGUGACGAAAAUGAGCAGUAUUUGU